AUGGGCGCUGUUCUGAGAGCAGCUGGAGCUGAACAUGCAGCAGAUGUGGAUUUAUUCUCGCUUGUGAAUAUUCUCACGGUUGGCAUGGUAGGGACAAGGCCUACAGCUCAUCGAAUGGGUCAAAUGGCGAAGAAUCAACUUCGCGGGCGUGAUGCAAAAGUUUGUCUGAUCACGAUCUAUGAAGAAAUCAUGGGUGACGAGGAAUCCAAUCAGCUUGACGAUGGUGACUUCUCGAUGGAUGAGGAUGAAGAUAUUGGAGCCCUACUGGGCAAUCCCCCACAUCGUCAAAUGUCCAACGGAGUACUGCCGACGGUGAUGGUGACGAACUCAUCGCAACCGUCUGUCAAGAAAGCUGUCGAUUAUUUCGACGAAGACGAUGAAAUGGAGUCCAGAGGUAGGCAUUCUGCUUCAACUUCUUCCGGUCUCAGCACCACAAAGACCCUUCGCCUUUUUUGUCGAAUCACAGAAAUGGAUUCAAGAAGUACGUUAUCCUAUGAACACUUUCCUCAAUCAGCUUCUUGCCGCUGUUCGGAUCUAGAGUGGCUUAUACAGUUCUCUAUCUGUCCAAGUCUAUCAGAGAUUUCUAAAUCUGGUGAAGCAGAUUUAGAGAUAUCUGACAGCUUGUACUGGGUCGUCUGA